AUGGCAAAUGUUCUUGGCUCUCCAGCAAGGUCGAGACAAAAUGCUUUCUUGGAUAGAUAUGUUCAGCAGAUUUCCCCUGAGAAGCCGAAACUGACAGAAAUGUCAUCUUCCAGGAUCAACUCUUCGAAUAAUCUUCUAUCGCAGUUAACAAGUGCAGCUAAAAACAAAAUAUCGACGGAUAAGGCAAAUCACAGCCAACCAUCAUUUGGUAAGAACAGCCCUUUUCUUGCAGGGGGUACAAUGGCUGAGAAAAAAGAUAAACCAGCUUUUGAUACUGAGAGCUUAUCGAGGGAAGAGAAAGGUUACUAUGAGUUCCUAUGUAGAGUGGGAGAAGUCAAAAGAUGGAUUGAAGAAGUGAUACAAGAAACUUUACCGUCCGAGCUGGACAUAUGUGUUGGUGACUCUUUGAGGGAUGGUGUAUAUCUUGCACAGGUCACUCAACGGAUAAAUAGCGAUUUGGCUCCUACAGUAUACCCAGCUGGUGACAGACUUCAAUUCAAGCACACGCAAAACAUUAAUGCAUUCUUUUCGCUGGUUGAGCAUGUUGGAUUGCCCAGCUCCUUUAGAUUUGAGCUGCAGGAUUUAUAUAAUAAGAAAAGUUUGCCCCAAGUUUUUGAGACAAUUUACAUUUUGAUCACUCUAAUCAAUAAGAAAUGGCCAACCAAGACACCAAGCUUGCAAGCACUUUCUGGAAAAUUGAGUUUCACAAAAGACGAACUAAGAAAAUGUCAAAGAAUGUGGCCCAGAAUACGUGAUUUUAAAUCGUUAAGCAUCAGCCCGAUAGCCUCGCCAGUGGUGAAUAAAGCCAAAUCCCUAACAAAUGAUAGCCUGAUCAAUGAUUUCGGCACGUUUAAUGGUUCUGAAGAGGAUGGUGCAAUACAAAAAUCUAUUGCAACACCUACCAGAAAUAGUAAUGGCAGCGUGUUGCAACCGGUAGUGUUGCCACCACCUUUGGAAAAUGAAUCUAUUUCCUCAAAUAUAUACUCGCCCGAAAAGAAUGACAACGACUUAAACUCUCCUGUGCGACCAACUUUCAAACCCAAAAAUGAGUAUUUUACAUCAACAACAUCACAUUUGGAAUAUAGUCCCCUGAAAAAUACGAGCUUAUCUUAUUAUUCUCCUUCUAUCUCAAAAUAUUUAACGUAUGACACAGAUUUUUACAUGAGGAGAAGUCAGGCUAGACAAAAUGAUUUAGAAUACUAUAACAGUUUUAAUUACGGUCCUGUUGAAUAUUCUCCUAAAAGGAAACAGAAAAUGACCGAGAACGAAUUCUUGGAAAGCAUUGUGGGUAUUCAAGGGGUCUGUCGUGCUGUAAAUAUACGAUUUAACUUUCACAUCCAAAGGAAUCUCUUGAAAUUAUUUGGAAGAGAAGUCAUUGUAUUGCAAGCAAACAUACGAGGACAAUUGUUACGGAGGCGAGCAGAUGUCACUAGCAUAUUGAAAUUCAAAAAGAUAAAAAUUCCAGAAUUAUUUUCCAUACAAGCUCUUUUUAGAGCAUAUCUUCACAGAAAAAAGUUAGAUCACCUCAGAAUCAAGUAUUUGAGGCAACAAGAUCAAGUAGAUUGUCUCCAAGGUUUCUCGAGAGGUUUUAUUGUGCGUCGAAAAACAAAUUGGCAAUUAAGUUCCAUCAGACAAUCGGACGUCCCUCUGAGAAAAUUUCAAGCACUGUUAAAUGGUGUCAUUAGUCGAUCGAACAUUCAUUCUGGCUCUGCAAGCUUGUCUAACGAUUUGACACCAAUAAAACGGCUUCAAGCAAUAUGUAGAGCUAAUCUGAUCCGCCAACAUCAACACAUGAUAUUUAAUAGCUUUGUUUUUGAGGUAUCUACGCAAAGAAUUGACUUUCAAACAAUUUGUAGGGCUGUGUCUGUUCGUGUGGCGCUAAAGGACUCAAUCCUCUCACUGAAUGGCUAUGAUUCGGUCGUGGAAAAAAUAUCUGCACAUAUCAAAGGAUGGCAGAAGCGCAAGUGCAUUCAAUAUUUUCUUCGAAAAAAUGUUGUGGACUUUCUUUCAGUUAGCUUGUUACAAGCUUCCAUUAGAGGUGUGCUCGUAAGGUUCACAUUGGAUAUUGUUGAUGAUUUCAUUGAGUAUAAUUAUCUAAUAGAGUUCCAAGCAAGGCUUAGGGGGCAUUUUAAUCGAUCUAAAUUGAGGGAAAGAUCAGCGAUGUUUGUCAGAAACUCUCGUUCAAUUGUCAUGAUUCAAAGUAAAAUUAGAAUGUUUUUACAACGGGUUGCUUUCUUUGAACUUAUGCAGCUUCCUAAUCCCACUCUAACCUCUGUCAGACGAUUUGCUCACUUGCUUAAUAACGUUGGUACAAUUGAAGAAGUACAAGACAAAUUGGAAGGAUUUCAGACCCAAUUAGACGCUGAAAACAUAAAAAAGGAAAGGCUCGAAAAGGAAAUAGGACAACAGAUCGAUUUGGCUGAGGUACUGCGAAAGCACGGUCUAACUGAAGAAUCACCAGCGAUUAUAAACAAACUUACAGUACCAAAAAAUAGUCUUCCUACCUUUCAAAAGCUAUUUUAUUUGCUGCAGGUUGAUCCUACAUAUUGGAAAAUAAUGCAUUCAAGAGAUCCGGCUUUUGUUGAGAACAAUGCUUACUGUUGCUUUACAACAAUGAAUCAAAAAAUGGCAGAAAGAGAAAGAACUUACUUCAUUCGAUUGGUAGUGGAAAUCAUGCAAUGCGAAAUGGCAGAGGCAGCAACAGUGGAUGAGUUCCUAGCUAACGACAAUCAAUUAUGGAGACGUUUCCUUAGACUGUUUUUAAGAAGAGAAUUCCCAGAACUAUUUGAUUUGUUCGUUCCACUUUUGGAUUUCAUUGCAGACUCUGGUAUCAGCUUUGAAAGUGAUCCAUAUGUGAUCUACAAGUUGAUAUACAACAGAGAGCCAAUGAGUCGAUCACUGGCCAUUGAAGAUUAUAAAACUAAGUGCAAGUUCAUUGAAAAUCUCCGUAGUAUUUGGCAUUCCGUUGAGAUCGUUGCAGAAUUGUUCACGAGGAAAACAUCUGAGUUUCCGUCAGAGCUCAGAUUUCUGGCGACUAAAAUAUUUUCAUCCGCUGCAGAUAAAAAUGCCGGGGAGGAUGAUGCACUGAAAGCAAUUUCAGCUGUUCUCUUGAAUUGCAUGGUAUUUGAAUAUUUAGAAAACAGAGCUUAUUAUGGGUACGAGGAGAAAGAUACACAUCAUUAUGAGGAAAAAUUACAUACGAUUAUUGAUGCUCUUUCUACUGUUUUCUGUCUGCACAACUUCUCUGGAUAUUGUGAUCCUUUGAAUCAAUAUGCUAGCGAAAUGAAUUCACAGAUUAAGGUUCUUUUAUUAAAUAUGUUUUUGGAUCCAGAGUACGAAAAAGAUGGCGAUAGGUUGAUUUAUCAUGACAUGGUCUCGAAAGCACCACGCCUAGAAAUUUUUUCCGAUAAAGUUUUAAAAAUCGGUUCCAAGUUUCAGGAGUGUUUGUCUUGCUUUCCCGAUGAUGAUGCAAUUCAUGACAUACUAGGAAAACGCAUAGAAAGUAGCCUCAUUCCCAAAUCAGGUCGAGUUGUUCUAGAGCUGCUGGCAACAUCACAUCGGUUCCUUGUCUGCGACGAUCGAACAAGAAAAUUGUACGAUCAGGUCAAAAGGGCCUUCAUAUACAUGAUGCAGGUAGAAGAUAUUAACAGUAAUCUUUAUGACCUUACUGUUAGUUGCGUAUUAGACAGUGAUGAGCCAGCUUUCAGGAGACUUAUCGAUAAUAAUAUCAAAAUAAAGAAUGAUCCAAUUAUCCGUCACUUGGAUAAUCCACCAUAUUUCAGUCUCAAAAACUCAACUUUAAAAAGAAUUCACGAAUUGGAAAAUAUGGAAGUACUAAAUCCUGCCAACAAUAAAUUACAAAACUUUCUGAAUGACAUUGCCAACACCAUCAAAAAUCCACAUUAUGCCAUUGACUAUGUAUCGGAGGAACUGGAAGUUACACACAAAACUCAACUUGCAGUGACCAAAAUAAAUCAGGAUUUAGAGUUCGCUCUCGCUCAUCUAAAAAAGAGCAACAAUGAUUCUGUAAAAGCUAUUCAAAAUACAAAUAGGUAUCUACCUGCUCACAAAGGGCCUUUGAGUAAUUUAAAAGGUGCGUACAAAAAAGCCUAUAACAAAAGCGGAUUUGAGAUGAAUGGCUUGAAAUUAAAGUGGACCACGCGGCAGCUAUAUGAGAAGGGCGUUGUCACAUACAUUGAAGGUGAAAAGCUGGCUGAACAAAAAGUGAAAGUUUUCGGGUCCAGCGGGCCUAAAUUUCCAGAUAUAAUAUUCAAGAUUUCUACUGCAGAUGGCUCAAAAUUUGGAAUCCAGCUACUUGAUAAGAGAAAAGGACCUGAGAAAAGACAAUCAGAUUAUGUAGAUUCUUUCAACUUUAAGGACCUGUUGAAUACCCAAGCUGGCUCAAAAGUAGAUACUUGGCACCUCCUUAAUGGUAAAGUUACGUUGAAAACAUCAGAACUAUUGAAAUUGGUUGUUGUCACUUUUCUCAAAUCAGAGAGUAUUUAA